AGUGUGUGUGUGCGGGCGCGCGCACGAGAGCGCGCGCAAGUGGGGAAGGGGACUCAACUCCAGACCGGCGGGCCCCGCUCACAGGUCCCGGGGUCCCGGUGGCAGCUCCUCCACAUCGCGCCGGAGCGCAUGGGGGCACAACUGCAUGUGGACACGGGGAACUCUUACCUUUGUGGGUACCUGAAGAUUAAAGGCCUUACUGAGGAGUACCCAACCCUUACGACCUUCUUUGAAGGAGAAAUAAUCAGCCAAAAACACCCUUUCUUAACUCGAAAGUGGGAUGCGGAUGAAGAUGUUGAUCGGAAACAUUGGGGCAAGUUCCUGGCUUUUUAUCAGUAUGCAAAAUCCUUUAAUUCAGAUGACUUUGAUUAUGAAGAGCUGAAGAAUGGGGAUUAUGUCUUCAUGCGGUGGAAGGAACAAUUCCUGGUCCCAGACCACACAAUCAAAGACAUCAGCGGUGCUUCCUUUGCCGGGUUCUACUACAUCUGCUUCCAGAAGUCGGCAGCCUCCAUAGAGGGCUACUAUUACCAUAGGAGCUCAGAAUGGUAUCAGUCGCUCAACCUAACGCACGUUCCUGAACACAGCGCACCCAUCUAUGAAUUCCGGUGACAGUGGUUCAGAACAGCAAUCAAAUAAAACUGAACUUGGCAAAAAAGAACUUUGCCAAGAAAAUUGUGUGCUUGCCGGAA